AUGUCAUCGUCGGCCUCGACUUCGCCCUCCACGUCGCCCCUGUCAUCGCCCACCCUGGCCAGCACCCUGACCGUGGUCCACCCCAACUCGCCCAUCGUCAUCUCCGUCGCGGCGCAGCCCUCGUCGCCCAGCCCCACGUCCAGCCUGCGUUCGGUGGUCGCGCUCCGCCAGACGCUGGGCCACGCGCUGUCCUCGGGCGACUCCAACAUCCUCUCCCUGCUGCACACCCUGGCCGAGAAGGGCAAGACCCGGCACGAGGACCGCAAGAAGCGCAAGCGAGCCAAGAAGGAGAAGAAGGAGCAGGCCAACAGCAGCAGCAGCAAGUCGGCGACCUGGUCGGCCACGUCCAUCUUGGAUGCCAAGGCCAAGAUGGCCGAACCCGCGGCUGCCAGCGCGAAGAAGACCCCGCCCAAGCGCAAGAGGAGCGUGUCCGACGCGCGCAUGUUUGCUUCGGACGACACCCACAUCGUGCACCGCGACCGCAGCCGCUCGGCCCCGCUGUGCGCCGACGUCAGAGCGAGCCCGACCAUGCCGGGCACGCCGCGCCCCAAGGAAGUCCCCGUGCGCAGCCACAGCCACGGGUCAUCGCUGACCCGUGACCCGCCCACGCUGGGUGCCGGCAAGCCCAAGAAGACGAACAGCGCCGGCAGCCUGCCGACGGUCCACCUCUCGUCGUCGUCGGUGCCCAUCAAGAAGUCGCCCAGGAUGCGCGGCCGCAGCUCGAGCGUCUGCGGCAGCUCGGCCAGCGCACCGAUCCGCCGCGCGGCGCCCACGACAACGACAUCGUCGACGCCAAAGCAGACCAUGGCCGCCCUGCUCUCACCUCGCUCCGAGCGCAUGGUGCCACCCACGACCACAACCGACGGUUUCUGCGUGCACGGCCGGCCGCACCAUCAUCAGUCGCGCACCUCGCUCGUCGCGACGGGCCACCACCACACCUGCCGGCACGCCCGGAGCGUGCCCGUAAGCGUCGAGAUGGACGCCGCGCCCACCCUGAUCGCCGUCUCGCCCACCACCGCUGCCACAAGCUUGGAUGGCAGCACCACCGGAGGCGGCAGCAAUCACUGGGCUCUGGGCGACGCUGAGCUGGAGUCGAUCCUGUGCGGCAUUGAGGAGAGCGCGGUGGCUGCCAACUCAAGUGCAACUACGACCCCGUUCCUCACCGCGAGUCUGUCGGACUCGACGUCGACCUCGCCUGUGUCGCUGUCGUCGGCGCCUCUGGAGCGCAGGACCUCGCUGGACAUCAUGCACAUUGCCGACACGAUGGAGCGGGUGAGCAUCGACAGCAAGGAGUCGGACGAGUUCGACCCGAUGCGCUUCCUCGACAUCGAACUGGCCACGGCCACGGCCGCCGUCGCCGCUGCCGCCCAGCAGCAGCCGCUGAUUGUGCCCACUCCGGUCUACCCCCAGCAGCAGCACUCCGCCAGGCAGCUGCCGCCCUUUGGCUACGCUACGCCUCCUCCCCAUUACGCGAUCCACCAGCACCAUCAGCAGCAACCGAGGCCCCACUUCACGCCCCAGCAGCUGACCCGCUCCAUGAGCCACCCGCACUCGUUCCACACGCCCGGCGCCACGGUCUCGCCGACGAUCAACGAGGCUUCGCCGGCGUUCGGGUCGAUGCCGGCGCGGUGCAACAGCGACCUGGGGUUCUUCUCGUCGCUGAUGGCGGGCAACCAGGACGAGCAGCAGAUGCGCGAGCUGCUCAUGGCCAUCGACGGGGCCGCAGCGUCCAUCCCCGAUCUCGGCUACUACGACGCAACCAACUGA